AUGCCUCUCUCCGGUCACUGUCUCUGCAACGCGGUUACCUACACCAUUGAUGUGGACGAGCCUCUUCUGACGGGAUAUGACCAUUGCGAUGACUGCCAGCGCCAGAGUGGUUCCACUUACUCCCUUGUUGCCGUCGUUCCCAAAGAUAAGCUGAAGAUCAACGGUCCUGUCAAGAGCUUCGCCAAGAAUGGCUCUUCUGGCAAGGCUGUCCACCGCAUUUUCUGCUCGGAAUGCGGUUCCCCCAUCGCACACGACCCAGAUGCUGCUCCCGAGAUCAUCGCCAUCAAGGCUGGGACAUUGGAUACCGAGAUCAAGAAGAACCUGAAGCCGGAUACGGAAAUCUGGACUGUCGGCAAGCUUCCUUUCUGCCAGGAGCACCUGGCCAAGCCUUUUGAGCACAUGCCCCAAUAA